ACAUUACAGUAUACGGAAGGUUUACAACUUCACACAGGAAGCGGAAUUGAAUCAGACGACUAGCGAUUGGCUGGUGUUUAUAUUGAACUUCUAGUCUGUUAACUCGUUUUUCUUCGACACAUUUUCAGGUAAAAUUGAAGGUAUUUUAUGCUACAGUCAAGAUGCUGAUCAAGGUCAAGACCCUCACUGGUAAAGAAAUAGAGAUCGAUAUUGAGCCAACAGAUAAGGUGGAAAGAAUUAAAGAGAGAGUGGAGGAGAAAGAAGGAAUCCCACCUCAGCAGCAAAGGCUCAUCUACAGUGGAAAACAGAUGAACGAUGAGAAGACAGCUGCAGACUACAAGAUCCAGGGAGGGUCAGUGCUGCAUCUGGUCCUCGCACUCAGAGGAGGGCUUAUAUGCUGUUGCCUCAGACUACACCAUACCUGCUAGUUAUCAGCUAUGUGCUACGUGCCAACUUUAGAUUGUCAUCAUCACACCAUGUUAUGACAUAGAGCAGAAAUUUCCCACAGAACUGGGGCAUUAAAAUCCUUGCUCUCAUGUCUAAGCAAACUGUGCUACAGUUCAUGUGUAUAUGUUUUUGUAACCAUUGAUGUUCCAACAGUGUAUGUGAGCAAGGAGUGCGAGAGUGAGUUUGAACAGCACUAACAAUCUGUUGCUUGUGAAUAAAAUAUAAAGAUUA